AGCUGGCAUUAUUGAUGAAUUUAGCUAACUAAAAACAAGGUUUAUGUGUUAAAUAAAAGCAAUUUAAUGUGUUUGAAACAUGAACGAAUCAACAUCAAAAAAGAUAAUUUUUAAUAAAUCAUCACUAUUAAGCUUAAAAGCAGAAUUACUAAAGAAACAAGAAGAGGUUUACGAGAAGAAACAUCUGCCUCAGCAUAAAAUAGAGAAUUUUAAACCAGCUCCUUCAAAGCCUAGUAUUGAGGAAACUAAGGAACACUCGAAGAAGAGUUUUAAAGAUAGCCUAAAGGCUGUAGACACUGAAGAGUUAGAGGCAAAUAGGAAAGUAAAGGCAGCUUUAGAAAAGAAGGCAGAGCUGUAUAAACACUUGAAGGACAGUGCAGGUGACUCACAGUUGGCUGGCAGAUUUUUAGUGGACUUCAAAAAUAAAAAACAGCAAGAAAGAGAUGAUUCACAAGAAGAUUGCAAUUCACAAGUUCCAGAAGCAUCUUAUCAGGAUGAUGACAAUGAUUGGGUUGAGUUCACUGAUUGUCUUGGUCGCACACGCAAGUGUCACAAAUCAGACCUAGAUCUGUACAUGAAAAGAGAUAGAGAUCUUGUGAAAAUUUUAACCAAUGAUCAUGAUACUAAAGAUGAUACUAAGGAGUCAUCGAAUACCACUACUCCUCAAAGCGAAAAACCACUACUAGUGCAAAAAACAAAUGACUAUCUACAGUCACUACGUGAGAAAUGGGAGGAAAAAGAGAAGGAGCUGCUUGCCAAAGACAAGGAUAUUCACUACCAGGAUCUAUUGUUUGAUGAGGCGCGCAUCCACGGCGUCGGCUACUACUCCUUCAGCACCGACGAGACGGAGCGUCGGCGGCAGAUGGAUGAACUCUUGAAGCAGCGGGAGGAGACGCUGCGGGCGCAGAAGGAAGCCGAAGCAGUUAGGAAGAAGCGUGACGAGUUGCUGGCGGCAAGAGUCGCGGCCGCGCGCGCUCGUCAGCGGGCCAGGGCUGGCUUGCCGCCGGAAGAGCCGAAAGCGCAAAACGAAAAGGACUUCACCACAUGCUUGCUAGAAUUCUUGACUCAGCAGAAGAACGAGGCAGACGCCAAAGCGAAAGAAGAAGAAAAGAAACUUCGGGAAGAACAAGAGAAGGAAAGGCAAAAGUUGCGGGACGCAUACAUCCGCGAAUGGGACUUGGGCAAGGAAGGGGUUGAGGGUAAAGUCAAGAAGUUCCGGGAAAUGACUCAAGAAGAAUACGUAGAGCAGCAGAGAAGUAAACGCAUAGACGAAUUCGCACCACCAAAAAGUUCGUCGUCCUCAAAAUCUGUUCACACUUUCGACGAAAGUGGUAGAAGUUCUUCUGGAUUAAAUCCAUCUACGCCAAAAACGUGGUCAGAAGUAAGACCGAUGGAAGCUCCCCCGCCCCCAGAUAUAGGAGAUAUCAGUGCGUUAGACGAACAAAAAGGCCUUUACUUUUCUACCAAGAAACCUGCUAACACCAUUAAAUACAAGAACUUUGUUCAACCCCAAGAACCAACGCCCAUAGAAAAUGAACUUAGUGACGAUGAAGGUGAAGGUGAACAAAUAAGGCCACAAAAAAGAAAGUCUGAAAGAGAUCAUUCAGAAAUAGCACCUCCUCCGACCUACGACUAUUAUGGGCCCACGCCAAAACAUUCUAGACCCAAAAAACCAUUCGAGUCUGACAUUAGGGAAGCAUACGCACAGGGCGCGAAAAGCCUAGAGGCAAAAGGUAACGAUAGGCAACUAUCAAAAGCGUAUGACUUCACAUUUGAUUGAUAUACAUUUUAUGUAAAUAAAAAUGCUAAGUGUAAAUUAGAUUUUUAUUGACUUUAAAAGUACCUAUAUCUAAACUAAUAUCACAUUUAUGAAUCCUACGUGUAGUGUUUUAUAGUCAAUCUAUUACAGCACUGCAUUUGAUUCGAAACUGUAUUACUGCACAAAGAAAAGAUGCGAAUGAUAGUGCGAAGAGUAAGGUUAUUCAGUAUUAGAAAAUAGGUUGUAUUUUUUUACACACUAAUAUCAAUCUAUUAUAUUCUACUAAUAUUUACAAUAUACAAUUUGCUCCCAAUAAAUUGAUUACAACAAUUGUGUUAUGCACUCAAAAGUGAUUUUAAAAUACUUAAUAUUAACUAAUCUAGUAGUUUGUGAUGAAUGAGAACUGCGGUCUUUUUAAAGCUAUUUGAUAGAGAUCAUUAUCACAUAUUUUUACGGCACAACUAUUCAAUCUUCCUAAGGUUAUGAGAAAGAAAAUAGAUAACCAUGAUUGUAAUUCUAAAAGAAUGUCUCAUUAUCCAAUAACAGUGCAC